CCACCCGCAUUAUCCACCACCAUCUCUACCAAUUUUCACAUCCAGGGCUGUGUGCACCCUCUCCGUGUCACAUCUCUGUACAGGAGUCCCUUCCGCCUCUGAAGUAGCGGGUGCGGAUAUUGCUGGACGACGGAAGCCGAUCCAGCCAUGGCAACUCCGUCUGCUGCCUUUGAGGCCCUUAUGAGUGGAGUGACAAGCUGGGAUGUCCCGGAAGAUGCCAUCCCGUGUGAACUGCUUCUGAUUGGAGAGGCCUCCUUCCCGGUGAUGGUGAAUGACAUGGGCCAAGUCCUCAUUGCUGCCUCCUCUUAUGGCCGAGGCCGCCUGGUGGUGGUGUCCCACGAGGACUACUUGGUGGAGGCCCAGCUCACUCCAUUUCUCCUCAAUGCAGUGGGUUGGCUUUGCUCUUCCCCUGGGGCCCCUGUUGGUGUACACCCAUCCCUGGCUCCUCUAGCCAAAAUCCUUGAGGGCUCUGGUGUGGAGGCAAAGGUUGAGCCAGAAGUGAAAGACUCCCUGGGGGUUUACUGUAUCGAUGCCUACAAUGAAACCAUGACUGAAAAGUUGGUCAAGUUCAUGAAACGUGGAGGGGGCUUGCUCAUUGGAGGCCAAGCCUGGGAUUGGGCCAACCAGGGCGACGAUGAAAGAGUUCUGUUCACGUUUCCUGGGAACCUCGUGACCAGCGUGGCCGGCGUAUACUUCACCGACAAUAAAGGGGACACGAGUUUCUUUAAAGUCUCUAAGAAGAUGCCCAAGAUCCCAGUCUUAGUUAGUUGUGAAGAUGACCUCUCCGAGGACAGAGAUGAGCUCCUGCACGGGAUCUCUGAGCUGGACAUCAGCAACUCGGACUGUUUCCCGUCCCAGCUGCUAGUGCACGGGGCUUUAGCCUUUCCCCUGGGGCUAGAUUCCUACCACGGCUGUGUCAUAGCGGCUGCCCGCUACGGCCGGGGCCGGGUGGUCGUGACCGGCCACAAGGUCCUAUUCACCGUUGGGAAACUGGGCCCCUUUCUGCUCAAUGCUGUCCGCUGGCUGGACGCAGGUCGCAGAGGCAAGAUCGUGGUGCAGACAGAACUGAGGACUCUGAGCGGGCUGCUUGCGGUGGGGGGCAUAGACACCAGCAUUGAGCCCAAUCUGACCAGUGAUGCCAGCGUCUAUUGCUUUGAGCCCGUGAGUGAUGUGGGGGUCAAGGAGCUGCAGGAGUUUGUAGCAGAGGGCGGGGGCCUGUUUGUUGGAGCCCAGGCCUGGUGGUGGGCCUUCAAGAACCCAGGAGUGUCCCCUUUGGCUCGGUUCCCAGGAAACCUCCUCCUCAAUCCCUUUGGCAUUAGCAUCACCAGCCAGAGCCUCAACCCCGGGCCCUUUCGUACUCCUAAGGCAGGGAUAAGGACCUAUCACUUCCGUUCCACCCUGGCCGAGUUCCAGGUUAUAAUGGGCAGAAAGAGAGGGAACGUGGAAAAAGGCUGGUUGGCAAAGCUGGGACCGGACGGCGCAGCUUUCCUGCAGAUCCCGGCAGAAGAGAUCCCCGCCUACAUGUCGGUGCAUCGGCUCCUGAGGAAGCUGCUAAGUCGCUAUCGGCUCCCAGUAGCGACCCGAGAGAACCCUGUCAUCAACGACUGCUGCAGGGGAGCCAUGCUCUCCCUGGCCACUGGGCUGGCCCACUCGGGAAGCGACCUCUCUCUGUUAGUCCCAGAAAUUGAAGACAUGUACAGCAGCCCCUACCUGCGCCCCUCGGAAUCUCCUAUCACUGUUGAGGUCAACUGCAACAAUCCAGGCACCAGGUAUUGCUGGAUGAGCACCGGGCUCUACAUACCCGGGAGGCAAAUUAUAGAGGUCUCAAUGCCUGAAGCUGCUGCCUCUGCUGACCUGAAGGUACAGAUUGGCUGCCACACCGAUGACCUGACCAGGGCCAGCAAGCUGUUCCGAGGUCCCCUUGUGAUUAACCGCUGCUGCCUGGACAAGCCCACAAAGUCGAUCACCUGCCUCUGGGGGGGCCUCCUGUACAUCAUCGUGCCUCAGAGCAGCAAGCUGGGCUCUGUGCCCAUCACGGUUAAGGGCGCCGUGCAUGCUCCCUACUACAAGCUAGGGGAGACAUCCCAGGAGGAGUGGAAGAGGCGUAUCCAGGAGAAUCCAGGUCCCUGGGGAGAGCUGGCUACGGACAACAUCAUCUUGACUGUGCCCACUGCAAAUCUUCGCACUCUGGAGAACCCUGAGCCACUGCUUCACCUCUGGAACGAGGUGAUGCAGGCCGUCGCCCGGCUGGGGGCUGAGCCCUUCCCCCUGCGUCUGCCUCAGAGGAUCGUUGCCGACGUGCAGAUCUCAGUUGGUUGGAUGCACGCAGGCUACCCCAUCAUGUGUCACCUGGAGUCGGUGCAGGAGCUCAUCAAUGAGAAACUCAUCCGAACCAAAGGGCUGUGGGGCCCUGUGCACGAGCUGGGACGCAACCAGCAGCGGCAGGAGUGGGAGUUCCCCCCCCACACCACCGAGGCCACCUGCAACCUGUGGUGUGUCUACGUGCACGAGACGGUCCUGGGCAUCCCUCGAGGACGCGCCAAUAUUGCUCUGUGGCCCCCGGUUCGGGAGAAGAGAGUCAGAAUCUACCUGGGCAAGGGUCCCAACGUGAAAAACUGGAACGCAUGGACGGCCCUGGAAACGUACUUACAGCUCCAGGAGGCCUUUGGGUGGGAGCCAUUCAUCCGUCUCUUCACUGAGUACAGGAACCAGACCAACUUGCCCACAGACAAUGUCGACAAAAUGAAUCUGUGGGUGAAGAUGUUCUCCCACCAAGUGCAGAAGAAUCUGGCUCCGUUCUUUGAGGCCUGGGCCUGGCCGAUCCAGAAGGAAGUGGCAACCAGCUUGGCCUAUCUGCCUGAAUGGAAGGAAAAUAUUAUGAAAUUGUACCUCCUCACACAGAUGCCCCACUGAAACCGAAGUCAAGAAACGUAAAAGAGAAUUGACACAUCUCAGCAAAGAAAACUGAAGGAAUUUGGUUGUAAGUGAAGAAGAUCUCAACACAUUUCUGGAAGAGAGAAAGUGGAAGAAGCGGUAAUGAAAGAGCGCAUCUCCUUUCAGACAGAAUAUAAGCUGAUAAGAACACAUCACCCCAAGGAGACCUGGGCACCUGAAAAGUCUAUCUACUAAAGAAUUAUGUCAGUUGUGAAAUAGAACCCCAUCCCAUUCUACCCCAACCUUUGUGCACAGAACACAGGCAACCUACCAUUGGUUUCUGUGAAGUCUGUUGUUGUUGUUGUUGUUGUUUGUAUAGAGGAAUUGAAUAAACUGCUUGAGAAGAGGUAGGAGUUGGUGCUCCAAAAUAAAUUUCUCUUUUGUGGAAUAAGUGAGCCCCUAGCCUACUAGCUAAUUCUCUACUGAUGGUUGAGAUCCCUGCUCAAGUAGCCAAGUGCUUUCAGUAACAGAAAGGCUUAAUGGGGAAGCAGAUAGACCACACAAUGGCAGAGGGAACCCACAGCAACUCCUAUAAAGACAGUUAUAUUGAUUCUAAAAUGCAAAUGGUCAGCUAGGAAUUCCCAGACAUUGAGCCUUAGGGGUGGGGGUUGGGGGAGGACCAGGAGAGCAGCAUAUAAGAAAAAUAACCAAUUAGAAUCAGGAGGUUUGAAAGAUGCAGCAAACUUUGGGGGAAACAGAGUUAACAUGGAAAAAAAUGACUUUAAAAUCUGUAUCUUUGGAGACAUCUGAGGUGCAUUUGUAAGAUAAAAACAGGAUGCUGCAAAGAAAGGGAAAACCCUGAAAAUAAGAUGAGCCCUUAAAUUGAAAUAAGACUGCCAAAAAUACUUAGUAGACAGGCUGUAAAAUAAAGUUGAGGCACUCUCCCUAGAUAUAGAACAAAAAGAAGUAGAAAAUAUAAAGAGAGGAAAGAAACAGACAAUCAAUAUCUUACUGUUAGGAGUUUCUGGAAGAGAACAAAGAAAAAGGGAAGAAAAAGAAUUGAACAGAAGUAACUGUCUCCAAAUUGAGAGGACCCCAUACAACCUACAUCUAGACACAAUCUUGUGAAAUUUGGAAUAUUAAGGAUAGAGUGAAGAUAUUGAAAGUGCCAAGAGAAAAAAAUAAAAUUAGGUCAUCAUAUUUAGCUCAAGUAAAAAGGGAUGAAAAAUAAAUUGGGAGCAGAUUUUUCAUCAGCAACACAAUGCUAGAAGCCUAUAGAGGAGUGUCUUCACACAUGGAAAAUCUUUGUACCCAGAAUUCCAUAGCAAGCCAAACUGUCAAGAUUCAAGUCAAAAGAAAGAAAUUUUCUGACAUGCAAGUUUUCAGAAAGUCUGCCUUCUUUGCACCUGGAAGGGAAGUUCUCUCUCACAUGCUAAAGAAGUUCUCCAGCAAAAUGAGGAUGAAAAUCGGGAAAAAGGAAGAAAUGGAACCCAGAGAAUAGUGGACUUCACCCAGGAUGGCUGACUCCAGAGUGACAGUUAUCCAACAGGAUGGCUGACUCCAGAGUGACAGUUAUCCAACAGGAAGGCUCACUCCAGAGUGACAGUUAUCCAACAGGAAGGCUCACUCCAGAGUGACAGUUAUCCAACAGGAAGACUCACUCCAGAGUGACAGUUAUCCAACAGGAAGGCUCACUCCAGAGUGACAGUUAUCCAACAGGAAGGCUCACCCCAGAGUGACAGUUAUCCAACAGGAAGGCUCACUCUAGAGUGACAGUUAUCCAACAGGAAGGCUCACUCUAGAGUGACAGUUUUGCAAGAGACCCAUUUCAGAUGAGAGUACACAGUCUCAGGCUCUCUGGGGAAAAUAUGCAUUCUGUGCCAUUGACAUUAUCCUUGAGAAGUUGGAAUGUUUGAGAAUAUGGAGGAGAUACAUUCUUUAGUAAACAAAAAAGAAAACAAAACAAUAUGUCAAAUUCAGGUCUAGUUAUGAGAUAAUAAUUAAAAAAUACUCAUGGAAUGUGAGAAGAGACUCAAUUUGACAUUGGCAGUAGGUACAUUUCAUUUCAAGUGACAGGAAUCAUGACAUUGGAUAUGUUUGGAAGAAAAUAUCCUAGCUUCUACUUAGCUCUCAGUAAACAGUAUUUACAAAGCCAAAAUAAUAUAGGUACUAUUUAUUGAUAUUCAGUGUUCUGAUCAGCCUAUAGAUUAUACCUGAAAGGCUUAAUCCUUUAUUCAGAAAUGAAAUGGAAAAUAAUUAAUCCUGAAAAGGAAAAAGAAAGCAGAAAGAGGUUGAGAAUUAGCUGGGGGAAGAGAGGUGGAAGGAAGAGUAGAAUUACUUAUCUAUUCAAAAUGGGGAUGAAAAGAUAAAGUCUACAGUUAAUGGAACAAGGACUAAAGGAUUAGUUACUGUUCAAAACCAUAAAUUAAACCAACAGAAGUAUUAAAAAUGACAUCUAUCAAAAAUUUGGGAAAGGAUAGGCAAAUGAAAGGUGGGAAUGGUAUAAGUUAAAUCCUUAUCUUUUGUAAUGGGGAAUUAUUAAAGAUUGUCUAAAGUUAAUAAUUCAAGAAAUUGUUUAAACAUAUUAUUUAAUGUUAGGAAGUUAGUUAACAGAAUAUCUAAAAAUAGAAAUUGUUAAAUGCAUUGCCUCUAGGGUAUGGGAUUAGAGUUAAAAUGGUGGGGUGGGAAACUGUGUUUUUCAUUUUAAGUCCUUCUGUACUAUUUAAUUUUUUACCUUGUGCAUGUAUUACUUCGAAAAAUUUUUAAUAAACUCAAAUAAAAAUUCUUCAAUCACUUCACAGUGACUAAGAUACAGUUCAAUCAAGACACUUAAAAUGGCUUAUAAGGCCCUCGAGUAUUUGGAUCCACCUGAUGCGUCCAAGGCUCAUCACAUGUCCCCAUUACUGUCUAGUUCUAACCACAGUAAAUACCCUCCAGCUCUUCAGAUGCACUUCCCCUUCUCUUGUUUCUACAGGAGUUCCACAAAAAACAAA